AUUAAUUAGCUCUCAGCUGAGUGUCAAAUUGUUCGCAUAAGUAAUAAGCAAGUAUAUCGAUCGAUCAUGUCGUCGUGGCUGCACUACUCUGACAGGCGGCGGCUGCUCUCCUCCGCCUCGCUCCCGCCGGCACGCCUGCUCGUCUUCUUCGCCAUCGUCGUCUUCUUCCUCUCCGUCUCCUCCUACGUCGACUACAAGGCCGUCGAGCGCCGUGCCGAGAUCGGCGUCCGCGUCUUCGCCGCGCCGCUCGCCGCCGUCUCCGUCUUCGUCCUUUUCCUCGUCCUCCAGCACCGACGCCGCUACUGGACGCUGCCCCAUGCGGCGGCGCCGGCCGUGCACCAGCCGACGCCGUGGGCGGUGGCGCUGCUGGUGGCGGUGCUGCUGCUCAUGCUGUCGUUCCAAUCCUCCGUCCAUUCCAUCUGGUUCAGGCCUCUCUGGGAUUCUGAUUACUACUAGCUCCUCUGCCCCUCUCUCUCUCUCUACCUGCACUGCAUAUGCUUAAUUAUUUUCAUCUACUUAUAUUAAUCCAUCUACCUAUAUAUACAUGUACUAUAUAUACGUGCCGUCUUAGUUUGAUCUCCCAUAGAUAAUGUGUUAUACAGUUACACAUAUAUAUAGCGUAUGAUACUCAUGUACAUGCUAAAGUUAAUUACUGGGACUUAAUACACUAGCAGGAUUUGGAUUUCUCUAGUUCUUGCAUGCUGCUUCUAUAUGUUAAGGUCAGGCAGUUUUUGCUUUAUGUCAGUACACUUACUACUUCAAUAGAAUUUGUAUUUUGUACUGCAAACUGUUCAGAGACAUCUUUUACAGCCCCAAAGCCACAACUUUCUAGAGAAGAUGUAAACCUCGCAAAAUUAGAUGGAUGAUACUACGUAUGUGGAAUUCGCUUCAGAGACAUCUUACAACGGAAAUUCGCUUCGAGCAAUGGACAGAUUUUUGAAAUAGUGGGUUUGUUAGCUCAUAAUAUAAUUACAGUUAAUAUGACCAUGCGAUAAAAUGGAUGUUCUCAAUUGUUUCUUUAUUCUGAAAUGUAGUUAUUUUUCCUGCAAUACAUCAUGCUGUUGGAACGAAAUUGUUUUGAAAAAGUGUGCUGUUCUUGCGGACAACGGAAAUUGAG